AAGCGUCUACGUGAGCAGUUGCAGACAUCACUUCACUUCCUCUCAGUAAUUUAAUACUUUCAUCCAAAGGCCACAGGGCAUUACUGGGUAAGGAAAGACAUUUCUUUACUAAGUCUUGUCAAAACAAGUUUAUGAAAAGAUCACAAGAAAACAAAUCAUCACAAUGGUUACAUGUUCAAAUCUCAAUAGUUGAUAAUAAAAGCAUUAAAGCAACUAAGAGAGAUUUAUUUUUCAUUUUACUUUUUUCUGCAAUUGUCCCCAAGAGAGAGUGUCUUAAGGACUGUGGACAUCAUAAUGGGCAGGUACUUUUCUUUCUGUCAGCUACGCUUCAAUAAUAAAAUUGAAAAAAAUACAAGGAAGUUUUAGCAACACAAUUUGGAAUAUUUUCUUUGAAUAAAUGGGAAGCAAAAAAAAUUACAGUAUGUAGUAAAAUGAGUUGUAGAGGGUUUACUCAAUGGAUGAUGUCAUCAGUGAGUAAAACUGUACGUCCCAUAAUGGGCGUUUCACAAUAACAAAGAGCGGACAUAUGACACAGUUGCAGGCCUGUGACACAACUGUCGAGGGAUAAAGCCGCAGUGAAGACUGAGGGAACCCCACAGGCUCUGCAGCUUGAACACACGAGAUGAUCUGGAUCUUUCUUCUGCUUGCGAUACUUUAUUUUAUCUUCACACCCAGAUGGAGAACCAAGAGUGAGCCGCCUCUUGACAAAGGACUCAUCCCAUGGUUGGGCCAUGCACUUGAAUUUGGAAAAGAUGCUUCCAAGUUCAUCCAAAGAAUGAAACGAAAACACGGCAACAUUUUCACUGUGCGCGUUGCUGGCCGCUACGUGACGGUGCUGCUGGAUCCACACUCCUUCGACUCGGUGAUCAGCGACUCCGAAUCACUGGACUUCACACGUUACGCACAAGUUCUCAUGGAGAGGAUCUUCGACCUGCAGCUCCCCCUUCAGCAGCCAGCUAAAGCGAAAUCGAUGAUGAAAAGACACUUCCUUGGAAUGAAUUUGGACACGCUCAACAGCACGAUGAGCAGGCACCUGGAGGAGUUGGUGAAAGAUGAGAUACCUCAGAACCAGAGAGACUGGAAAGAAGAGGGACUUUUCAACCUCUCCUAUGGAUUACUCUUUAAGGCGGGAUACCUGACUCUCUUUGGAGGGGAACAGAACAACAACAGCAGUAGCGCAGAUCCAUCAAGCAUCUACGAAGAAUACAAGACGUUUGACGGUCUCUUAACCAACAUGGCAAGGGGCACGCUAAAAUCAGAGGAGAAGAAGACAGCACAGAGUGUUCAAAAGAGACUGUGGGAGCUUUUGGCUCCUGCAGGUCUCACUAAGGACUCUGGGUCGAGCCCGUGGCUCCACGCCUACCGGCGACUCCUGCAGGAGGACGGGGUUGAUGAGGACAUGCAGAGAAAGGCUUUGCUGAUGCAACUCUGGGCCACACAAGGUAAUGUUGGACCUGCUGCAUUUUGGCUUUUGAGCUACUUGUUGACAAAUCCAGAAGCUCUGAUGGCAAUAAAAAAGGAGUUUGGCCAGAUUUCACAGAUGGGGACCUCAGGGGCUUUUCUCAUGGACAGAUCUGUGAAAACUCCUGUGUUUGAUAGUGCCCUGCAGGAGACGCUGAGACUCACUGCUGCCUCCUUCAUCACAAGAGAGGUCAUACAAGAAAAGACCCUUCACAUGGCUGAUGGACAAACAUACCUGCUGAGAAAGGGCGACAGAGUAUGUCUGUUCCCUUUGAUCAGCCCUCAAAUGGAUCCUGAGAUUUACCACGAGCCACAGAAAUACAAGUAUGACCGCUUCCUGAAUGAGGAUGGAUCAGCGAAGACAGAGUUUUAUAAAGGAGGGAAGCAGUUGAAAUAUUACACUAUGCCAUGGGGUGCAGGGACUAACGGCUGUGUGGGAAAGCUGUUUGCCAUCACUACCAUCAAACAGUUUGUUUAUAUGUUGCUGACUAACUACAAUUUGGAGUUGUGUGACCCAAACACUCAGAUGCCAAACAUAAAUACCAGCCGUUAUGGAUUCGGGAUGCUACAACCUGAGGGAGACUUGCUUAUCCGAUAUAAGCCACAAACUUCACACUAGGAAAAGCAGCAAGAAGACCUGCUUUUAUGCACAUUUCAUCCUAACAACAUUGUUCAUAGUGUCAAUAUACUAUUUGUACUUUUGUAUUCUGUAUUUAUGGCAUACUGUAUUCUUUAUUUAUCAGUUAUUUAUCAAUAAAUGUGAAUAAUUCAUUGUCUCUGAUGCCAGAGUUCUUUGUUUUAUUUUUUAUUUUUUUUAUCACAAGUCCUGUUUAUCACAUGCUCCUCUCAUGCCCAACAUAAUGGUUUAGCAGAUGAAACUGGAAUUAUAAGACUCUAAAAUUGAAGAAGUGUUCAGAAUUGUUUUUUUUUUGCGAAGCAGCUGUAAAAUGUUGAAAACUCUUUUUGUCAAACAUGUGGAUGAGUGUGAGGCAGGGACUGUACGUACUAUAAACAGAGCUGGUCUCACAUUUGUUAAGAUGACAUAUUUCUGCUGUUUGCAGACUGAAUAGGAGUGGAAAGUUUUAGGUCCAUAUGCCAUUCAGACCAUAACUGUUCUCCUACAUACCAGUGUGCAACUAUCAUAAACCUUUAAUUAUGAGGUUCAACAAGUAAAGUGUUUUGUUUUUUUUCUUUUUUGCCAAAGGAGACAGCAUUGAAGCCAAGACCAGCCAUGCUGGGCUUGCAGAGUAUCAAGUAUAAUACUGAACUCUCUUAAAAAUGUUAUAUUGUAUAUUAAUGAAUAAGAAGCACUGAAAGAUGAGUAGGGGGCAUGUUAUCUGUGUUUAGUU